AUGUCAAAAACUAAUGGGAAUCAGCGUGAAGGGACUAAGCCUUCUGAUGAAGGUACUCAGACGAAAAGAAUUAAGUGCGUGAAGGUUGCCCAGGAGGAGAAUUGCUCCACGCCCUCCAAGUCUUAUCCAGAGCUCGCGCAUGCCGUUAACAAAAAGUCAACUGCAGACCAACUUCCCAAGGCUGCCGAAAAUGCUGCAGUUACAAGCAAUCAAGCGCCUGCUGACGACGAGAAAGACCGUCAGAUCAAAGAUCCUUCGGAGAAGCUGACCAAACUAAUCGAAGCUCACGAACGUCUUUCCGAGAAAUACGAGGUGCACCACGGGGGUGACCAGUUGUUUGGCCCGGGGUUCCCUGCUUGCUGGCUGGACUCCGAUGGCGGAAAAAGGGAUCGGGACCUCAAGACACUGUCCGGCGAACUGCAUGACUGGGUGUUGAACUACUGCUUCAGGGAUCUCAAAGCCAUGGAGAAGUUGUCCAAAAACGAGAAGGACGAUCUCAUUGGCAGCCUCAAGGGGUAUUGCGUGCAGGAAGACUACGAGACACUGCUCCCACUCUUCCCCAAGUCGGCUCGCUGCCAGAUAGCGGGAUUGUUCUUGACCAUGUUUGUUGUCAAGGAUCUCGUCGACAAAUCCUACACCAAUCCGUACUGGUAUCUCGGCCCAGACCCCACGGCUGCGAUCAAGGACGACCAGGGGAGAAAGCAGCAAGAACAAUCUGCAGCAACCUCUACACUCUCGACUGACAGUUCAAGAAAGGUAGCAAACGUCUACGGCUUCCCUCUCGCACUCGCCUCCACGUUGUGCCAUGCUAUCGUCAACGCCGAGCCUUUCGGUGGCCCUGGCCCUGGUGGAUCUCCACCAGCGUCCCGCCUGUGCCAAAUUUUCACUCCCCGAGCCUGGCCGAGCGGACGCCGAGUCCCAGUCAGUAAUAAUGCCGGCAAGGCAGCCGAGGACGGUCCGGCCUUUGACUGCGUCGGGGUCUGCUGGAAGGGCGCUUGGCUUGCCGACGGCGCAUCUAUCAUGAGCCCGCCCGACGUACGGAGCAUGGUUAACGAGAGCGUGAGCAUGGCCGGCGAGGACGACGCCAAGCUCGACAAGCACGAUGUGGGAUGGAGGCGGGUGGUGCGGAAUUUUACGCCGUCCUGGUUCUCCGUCACCAUGGGCACGGGGAUGGUGUCGACGCUGCUGAACACGCUCCCCUACAACGCACACUGGCUGUACUGGCUAUCCAUCGCCAUCUUCGCAUUGAACGUCCUGCUCUUCCUCAUAGCGUGCGUGAUCUCCCUGCUGCGGUACAGCCUGUACCCGGAGAUCUUCCGCGCCAUGAUCCACCAUCCCGUGCAAUCCAUGUUCAUCGGCACCCUCCCCAUGGGCCUCGCGACCAUCGUCAACAUGUUCUGCUUCGUCUGCGUGCCCGCGUGGGGUGCCUGGGCGACGAGCUUCGCCUGGGCGAUUUGGAUCAUCGACGCCGUGAUCUCCGUUGUGUCGGCGCUGUCGCUGCCCUUUCUACUGUACGGCUACCACUUUCUUAGCGUCAAGACGAAACUAACAAGCGACAGCAUGUCCGGCACCGACGAGAUCCAGCUGUCCUCCAUGACGGCCGCCUGGCUCGUCCCGAUAGUCGGCUGCGUCGUCGCGGCCUCCUCGGGCGCCGUCGUCGCUGAUGUCCUGCCGAACCCGCAGCACGCCCUCUGGACCAUCAUCGUCAGCUACGUCCUCUGGGGCAUUGGGCUGCCGCUGGCGCUCAUGGUCAUGGUCAUCUACCUGCAGCGGCUGACGCUGCACAAGAUCCCGCCAAAGGCGAUGAUCGUGAGCGUCUUCCUGCCCAUCGGGCCGUUUGGGUCUGGCGGAUACGGGUAUACCAACCUCUGCACUCGCUCAGAAUUUGAACGAGCUAAUAGUGGACGCAGGGCUAUCAAGCUAGGCAGAGCCGCGCAGACGAUCUUCCCGCAGACGAAUACGCUCGGUGACCUCGCGGGCCCGGCGUUCCAUGUCGUCGGCUGCCUGGUUGCGUUGAUUCUCUGGGCGUUCGGCCUCGUCUGGCUGUUCUUUGCGUCGGCGAGUAUCGUCCGGUGUAAGACGUUUCCGUUCAAUAUUGGCUGGUGGGGGUUUACGUUCCCCAUUGGCGCGUAUGCGAUGUGCACGUACCAGAUUGGGAUUGAGCUGCCGUCGGCGUUCUUCCGGAUACUGGGGACGAUCAUUGCGCUUUGUGUCGUUGUGCAGUGGAUUGUUGUUAGUGCUGGGACGUUGAAGGGGGUUGUUUCUGGGCAGAUGUUCCAGGCUCCGUGUUUGGCGGACUUGAGGGUCGAGGAGGAGAAGGAUGCGGUUGUUAAGGUUGCUUGA